AUCUGUCACUUGUCUUAACUGUGUACCUGAGUCGGUUCCUAAAGCAGACGGGAAUCAUGAGCCACGCGGAGAAUGUAGGGAUGACUGAAUAAUUUUUUAAAUUACAAAUACUAUAAGGAUUAGGGCCUAUGCAGGAUAGCACCACAGUAGGCCUACUACACACUACGCAAAAUUGGCGGUCACCGCAGCGCCUUUUGCGUUUGGUAAUCACGAACCUUUUUUGUGCAGUAAAUAGUUAGCCAUUCGUGCGUGACGUCUAUUUAUGCCCGACGCCGACAGGCUUUGUUAUCGUCGCCAGCACAGACUGGCACUAUGCCAGGCCAGAGAGUGAUCACGCUCUUACCGCGUGACAGCUGGCGACCAUACUUCUGACUGUUAUCAUUUUCCCUGGUAUCCGGCAGAUUUGGUUGGGUACCCAUAAUUUUAAUGUUAGUAUCACCAGAAGUGACGCCUCGGCGAUGGGACCGUCGCGCUGAUAUUGUCCAAUCAAGUUUCCCCGCAUGGAAUUUCCUUGCGCGUGGGCGUGCUGUUAAUUGCGUAAACAAGAUCAGACCGGCGCGGCAACAUGCGCGUGUGAGCACUUCCAUGAUAAAACAUGGCGGCUGUCAUGGAAGUUCCCGUGGAAAAGUAAGGAACUUCCAUGAGUCAACAAUUGAAUCCCGAAUUUUAUUGAGCGUGUCAUGUCACUGAAAGUACGGGCUGGAUAUGGAUGGCGUGCUGAAUUAUGACAAAGAUUAUCUUUCGAGACGGCGGUUUCUCGACGUAGAACGACGUGCAGUGUCAAAGUAUUCACGUCAAUGCUCUCAGUGCGGUAAUUAUGCUAAAGAGAGGCGGCGAACGAAGAAUCACAUUAAACAAGCAUUGCAAAAAGAGAAAACUAACUUGGUGGCUACAACGUUGGACAAAAGAACGAAGGACAGUGCAAGCAGUAACACGUAUCCAUCAAUUGAAAGAGCCAAGAACACCGUGGACGGAUUUGUUGAGCAGCAACACAAGACUCGUGCUUGCGGUGUCAAGUUGCUAAAGUUUGACCCGGAGGAGUCCCUGCUGGUCUGGUCUUGGAAGUCAAGGAGGAUCAUUCUCUGCAAGCUUCCUGGUACAUGUAGCUACUUUGUUAAGGAUUCUGUAGCGCGAGGUAGAAAACCAAGAAAGUCUAGUAUGAACACAAAAUCUAAUGGUGAUGCAAGGAGUAAGACAGGGAUCUCAUCUGCAUAUCAGAGCGAGAGACAAUCAGUGCCCCAUCCAAUAGCCAAAAAGCAGAUUGCUAAGAAAUCCACUACUCAGCUUGUGAGAGAUUUCCAACCCAAUAGGUCGGACUACCCAAAUUCCAGCAGAGACCCUGGGAGACUUCCAGAAAAGAGGCUAAGGCUCUCUGAUACAUACGCCUCUCGUGGAGAUCGGGGUGCAUUUCAUUAUGAUAGAGACAGAGACCUCUUAGCCCUGAAUGGCAGAGAGAGGUCACGAUCGAAGGACCGAGACUAUCGGCAAAGCGAACCAACAAGAUAUAGUGAUCAUCAAUACUACCAGCGACCUAGAUCUCAGGGACAUCAGCGACAUGACUUCUCAGCGAUACAAAAUUCUAGGGAAGGUCUUGGAAGGCACAAUGAGAGGAGGGAUACAAGCUUUCAGGCCUCGCGAGGUUACCAGCAGGGUGAUCCAGACUCCCUGUACCAGAGGAGUACUUACAAGAAAGGGAGUCACCACAGGCGUGAAGAUCAGGAGCACAUUCCACGCUGGAGGGAUGGAUCUCUCAGCAACAGAGGUGCCUCCUUUGCUGCUCGCUUUGACAGAUACACAGACAAGGCCACUGCAAAGCUAGCUUCGUGCUCAAAAGAUCCUAGCCCGGCAAAUGUAAGUAAAGACAGUGGCAGGAAUGUAACUGUAAAUUACUCCAGCAGAUUGGAUACAUUGCCAAAGGAAGUUUAUUCAUCUGAUAAGAAAGGACUGGAGAAGGAAAAGGAAAGUGAAAGCAAGGAAACUUCCAAGCCUGAAAAAGACAGAAGACUGCAGUCUGAGUCCACCUUGUUGAGCGAAAAGGAAAAAAGACAGUGCAUGACUGAGACAUCAGAAAAGAACACUUCCAAGUUGUCUGCUAAACCCAAUUCAGACAGCAGCUCUAACACUUGCAAGUUAGACAAGAGUGAAACUCCAUCACAUAUUGCAUCUAAAAUUCCUGCCAAUGAUGCUGGGAACCUGUCUCAGUCAAAGGAGAAAAGUGCGCUUACCAGCACUGAAAUUCACAGAAGUCCUGCUGCAGAGUUGGCAUUAAAUUCUGCUGCAAAAAACGUACCUGAAGCGAGUCCUGAAGCAAGAGAUCAAACAGAUCUUCUGGACAGCACAGGGUUCUCACAUACCAGUUCCAGUGAGCCAGCUGCUUCUGCCAGUAAGUCAAAGGACAGUCAGACCAGUGCCAAAAAUGAAAACAGCUCGAGCAAUAAACAGACAAACAUUUAUGUCAAGUCUUUAGCCGAGAAAGCAGUUGCAGACCGUGCAAAAGCUGUGGCUUUGCUAAGCAUGGGAACAACCAAAGAGGGUAGCAAGUCAGAAGAUGUAAGUACCCAUGCUAGGGUGCCUCAAGAAAGGGGUAGAGAAUCCCAGUCAACAAUUAGUGCCAAGGGGAUAACAGAUCAGGUGGAUGUUGACUCGCCUGAAGAGUCCAUCUCCUCACCAGCUAGGCCCGCUUCGUCAGUGAAGCAGACAAAUGAGGACAGCGACAAAAACAGCCAUGGCCAAGUAGCUGUGUCUUCUCGUUCACCGUCCCCAAAGGAGAGUAACCUUUAUAAAGUAUCCAGGUCUCCAUCUCCUCAGGUAAAACAAGAUGUGGUUGAGGGUUCCCUGACCUUUUCCUGGCAGAACAGACAAAAGUUGAAGUCUAUCGUCAACAAAGUCUUUCCAAAACCAUCCUCUUCUGUGGCCAAAGAAGAUGCCCCCUCAGUGAACAAAAGUGCAUCCUCCUCGCCCAAAGCUAGUGUUGUCCAAAGUGAAUUGGAUUCACCCUGUGAGAAGACAGACUCAUCUAAAACAUCAGCCCCAAAUGCUGAGGUUCCCCAUGGUCUUGUAGAGGAGAAUCAUACCAGUAAUGUUGCCCCCAACAGAGUUUCAUCAAUCAAGCCAUUGUCUCAGGAGCCAGAUAAUUGUACUUCAGCUAGCAAGACAGCAAGAACUGUUACUUCAUCCUCGGUUACGUACAGCACAGUUGAACCAAUUUCUGUCAUCUCACAGUUAUCAGAUAUCUCUGAAAGACCAAAUGCUCCUGUUAAAGCAUCCUACGAUAUUAAAAUUAGUUGCAUUGAAGGUGGUGUUUCUGUGCCUAAAUGUGUGCAGGGUAGUGACUCAGAACAAAAGGUAGUCGGUGGAAUAGUUCAACAGGAUCAAAGANCACUCUGGACCAAGAAGCCAGUCAACUAAGUGUCAAUAUGAACUUCGCAGU